AUGUCAGCGUCAAUGCGCAAAGGACAACUUCAACUUCUGCAUGUGCUCUUUGCUCAGGCUUUCUCUCCAGCGCUCUGUGAAUUUUUGCCUGUUUUCUUGCUUGUUUGGGGCUGGUUGAUUGGGUUAACCGCCGGUCCAGGCGACUUCUACAUGCCGAUGCUUUUCGCCGCCUAUUCGCCCCUGGACGCCUUCUUGACCCUUAUUCUUCUCAAAACUUAUCGUCGCCGAUUUCUCGCUCUCUUCGCUAUGUGUUUGGGACUUCAAAAGAAUUGUCGAUCUGGUCGACUUCAUAUGAUCGAUUCCCAUUUCACAGUGCCAUCCUCGAUUGAUGCA